AUGAACUCCAACGCCAACGCCAACGCCUUCGACGGCGACCCCUUCUACUCGUUCCCCUACGAGAUCCGUAAUCAGAUCCUUCGAGGACUCAACCAUCGAGACAAUAUCCUCGCGAUCAGCCAGGCGUCUCCAGCCAUGAACACGAUCAUCCUCACCGACGGAGGCUCGUAUCUGAAGAAGUACCUCGAGGUUGAGCUCGGCCUGACGCAGCUGUGGGCGCUCACCGACGACGCCCUCGCCGUCGUCAUGUUCCCAAGCACUGCCCACAUUGCCCUCGAAAGAAAGAAGAAGGAGGUUAUCGACGACCAUAUCAAGAGCUGGAGAUCCCAGGACCUCUACCACUGCGCCAGUGACGCCGAUAAGAUGACAGCCUACACCUUCAUCGACGAGGUCGUCAUCCCCUUUACCGAGGACUUUGCCGCCCUCACGCAGACGAUCGACACGACUAACGGCCAGAUACGCGUGCCUGACUGGGCUCACGAGUCGCGAAAAGUCCGCGCGGACCCCAGCCUGAAGAUGAACAUCUGGGAGUAUGAGCCCGAGGAGCGCGUCCGUCUGAUCAGAGGCUUCUGCCGCUUCGAGAUCCUCAGCAAGGUCAUCCGAGCCCGUCCCGGCCGUCAGCUCUUCAGCUACGUCGAGCAGCGUUUGCUCUUCAACGAAUACUUCGACGCGUGGGAGGUGGAGGAGGUCCUCUGCGUUCAGCAGUACGUCGGAGAGAUGCACACCAUGCUGCUCGAGGCCCAUAUCGACGACAUCAUUCAUACCCUGGCUAUGGAGGGCUUGGCGCAAGGGGGCUAUAGACGAGACGCCUCUGGAAGCCUUCCAUACGGCACGUCCAAUGUGAUCCUUGAUAUAGUCCGGAGUUGA